AUGUCGAUUAUAAUGAAAUUUGAAUGUUUACCAAAUGAAAUAUUAAUGAAAUGUUUUCAGUAUCUGAAUGCCACAGAUAUUAUUUAUUCAUUUAAUCAAUUAAAUUAUCGUUUUUCAAAGCUUAUUCGAAAUAGUCCAUUACAUCUUUCAUGUUCUCAAUAUCAACAAUCUUUAUUUGAUAUUUAUAAACAUAUGUUCAUCAAAUCAUUAACUAUUCUAAACUGUAAAUUCGACGAUUUAUAUGAAUUAUUUCAAAAUUUAUCGAUGAUAAAAUAUUUUAAAAUCGAACAUCUAUAUAAUAAUUUUAUGACAGUUGAUCAAUUAAAUUUACUUGAUGUUACUGUAGAAAAAUUUAUUAUCAAUGAUUCUCAAAUAAACAAAUUUGAAAUUAUUGAAUUCUUAUUAAAUCAAAUGACAAAAAUUACAAAUGCAAUUCGUUGGCAAAACCUGAUCACACAUUCACUUCAUCAUUUACAUACAUUUAAAUUUUGUUUCGAUUCUCAUAUUGCUGAUAAACUUAAAAUGAAUGAUAAAUUAAUAAAAUGUCAACAAUUUCAAACAACAUUUUGGCAACAAAAUCAAUGGUUUAUCAACUAUGAAAUUGAUGAAUUUCGAUUAUUAAUUUAUACAACACCAUAUAUUCGUAAAGAAUAUAAAUUAUUUCCAGUCACACAAGAAUUUAUUUAUUUUAAUUGUAAUGGUGAAAAUAUUUUCGAUAAUGUUACACAUUUAACUUUAUACAAAAAUUCAAAAACAAUAAUAAAUCAACUUCCAAAUAUAGAUUCAUUAACAAUUCAAAAAUCUAUUUUAUUAUCAUUAUUAAAUAAUUGUAAAUUAUAUGAAUUAUUGAAAACAAAGAUUAUAAAAUUAGAUAUAUCUAUUAGUGAUUUUAUGGAUGGAGACAGAUUUUAUUCGUUAUAUGAAAAUUCUUCAUCAAAACAUGAACUAUCUGAAUUUAAUAUAGAAAAUCUUGAUGAACUAUUGUUUAUAUUAAAGAGAUAUCCAAAUUUAUCAAUGAUUAGCUUAGGAUACAUUGGCUAUAAAAUAUAUUUAUGGAUUCAAUUAAAUUCAUUAAGUUUAGAUAUUAAUAUUGAUUAUAAAUUAUUGAACGAUCCAAAUCGCUUGACAAAACCAAAAUCAUGUGAAUUGGAUCUUAUCGUAGAUUUGAUUUAUUAA